UUCUGUUUCUCUUCCUCUCAGGUCUAAAGAUGUUAGAAAAUAUGAUGUAUCAGUGGGGUCACUUCAGGUCUUUGGUCGCCCAAGCUCCAAAAUGAUUUCAAUACCUGUAUCCAGGAUUAUUCCCCACCCUGACUUAGAGAGAAACAUAUUCAGCAACAUCGCUGUGGUAGAACUGGCCUACCCAGUCUCCUUCAGCCCCGUCAUCCUGCCCAUCUGCCUGCCCUCAUCUGCAGACCAGCUGAAGAACAAAACCUCCUGCUGGGUAACUGGAUGGGGAUAUGCCAAGAGAUACCGAAAUACCAAGCCAUCUUAUACAAUGAAGGAGCUGAGAGUGCCCCUCAUUGAUCUCCAGACCUGCAAUGACUACUAUCAGAAUGAAAGCUCGCCUUACGUAGUCAAGUACAUCAUCAGUGAAGACAUGAUCUGCUCCAAGUUUCCAGUGGGGCAGAUGGAUCUGUGUAUCGGCAGUAGAGGAGAUCCCCUGGUGUGUCAAGUUGAGGAUUUCUGGGUCCUGGCAGGAGUCAUGAGCUGGGGAUCAAACUGCACUCAAACCAAUGAGCCUCGACUAUACAGAAACAUCAGUUUCUACAAAUCUUGGAUUGACAAAUCAGCUGUCUCACCUACUACGUUCUCCUCCACCACCAGUCUGGGCCUUUUUAGGCUUCUUCCUGUUUUGUUUCUGCCUCUGAUAUUCCUGGGGCCAUCCUGACAGGCUGAGGUCAACAUGGAAAGCAAGAUCUCCAG